AUGCAUAUCCUCUCCAAGAGCCAGUGGGAGCAUCGGGAUGGCGAUCAUGUUAAGGGCGAAUACACUCUGGAUGAAGCUGAUGGCACUAAACGCGUAGUUGAAUAUACAGCUGACGAUCACAGUGGCUUCAAUGCGGUUGUAAAGCGGAUCGGCCAUGCCCAUCACCCUGAGGUGCAUCACCAUGGCGAAAGCCAUCACGGCGAUAGUGGCUACGGGCAUGGACAUUCAGCCUCUAGUUACGUCGAAAUCAAACAACAUCACUAA